UAACUGCUGACGGUGACACAGCCAACGGGCCCAUAGAUUUGGCAAUCAGAGAAGUCGCUCUUUCAAAAAUCCAACACCUGUUUGCAAACAUCCAUAUACCUCAGAACAUCCUCACAGAGAUGACAAACAAGACGGUGAGCCUGGUGAGGAAAUGGCUUGGCUUAAACACCCACUCGACCCGUGACAUCAUCUUCCAAGCCCGCGGAGAUGGAGGUCCCGGAGUCCCAAACAUUGAGUGGGUCUACACCGCCACCAGAACCAACCACCUCCUCAAGAUGCUCAACUGCGACGACGUGACAGUCCGGGAAAUGGCCCGUGAAUCACUCCUCCUGCAUAUGCAGCGACGCAAAAUCCCACCUGCGAAGGAGAAUGAGCGGCAAUUCCUCGGAUUCAAAAUAAAAGAUAAUGGAAAACUGGACAUCAGAACUGCAGGCUUCGGUGUGCGGUCAGACUGGAUGGAUCUCAAUGACCUGUGCCACCGCUCAGGAAUAAAUCUGAAGUGGGCGGGGCCCGAUGGUACACCUGUUGCACUGAACUCUGUUGUCAUGGACCCGCUCAUCAAUGUAUGCGCGACCUUUGAACAGGAAGAUGGGCAACACGAGCUGUCAAUCAAAACAGCGAGAGCCACAAUGCUAAGAAUGAAAGUAGAAGAGAGUGCGCAGCAUUGGACUAGCUUAAGCCUGCAGGGCAAACUGGCACUGCUACCCUUUGCAAACCACUCUGUGUCCCACUCAAUCCUCUCAAACACGACCAUUGGAGAGGACGUCCUUAUCUUUUGCAUUAAGGCCCGCUUACAGGUAUUGCCAAAAAAAUACAACCUGGCAAUCUGCUAUCCAUCGCAACACAACCCACACUGCAUCCUACAUCCCACCCCAGACAAUAAAGAGACAAUGGCUCAUAUCCUAAACGGCUGUAGCUUUUACAAAGGACUGUACAUCGCCAGACAUGACCGUCUGGUGGACUUGGUCUCACAAGAACUCAGACAAGUACAGGACAGAACAACACACAUGUAUAAGCACAGCACUGUGAAAUUGAACUGGUUUGAUCAUAAUUGUACUGAUAACAACAUACUGUAUAACAUCCCAAACACCCCGGACAUUGUUUUCAUUAACCAAGCCAGAAAAUCAGUUACCAUCUUUGAAAUAGGCUGUGCGUUUGAUCUGUAUAUGGACACUUGCUUCACAUCCAAAUUCAUGAAAUACCAGCCAUUGGUAGAAUGUAUCACAGCUCUAGGAUAUAACUGCCAAUUAAUCAUAGUUGUGUUCGGAAGUCUGGGGCAUGUACACAAACUUGUGCUCCGAGGUUUGCAGAUGGGUGGACUGCAAAAGGCUGAUGCGAAAAGAGUUCUAAAAUUCUGCUCAGUCUCAGCGACCAUAGGCAGCCUCCACAUCUGGAAAAGACGUUGUGUUGUCUAUCCCUGAAUGCCAUAUUGUAUGCAAUGCAAUGCUUUAACCUCAGCUAAACCAUCAUAAUUUCAUCUCUACU